AUGCCCGGAAAGACUCUCCCGUCAUUUACGGAGGCCGAAGUGCGAUCCCACAACUCCAGCAAAUCCUGCUAUGUGACAAUCGAUUCAAAAGUUUACGAUGUGACCGAUUUUCUCGAGGGCCAUCCAGCAGGAGAGGAAGUGAUACUGGAAUGGGCAGGAAAGGAUAUCAAGAAUAUACUAAAGGAUGGAAGCUCUCACGAACAUUCCGACUCUGCUUACGAUAUCUUGGACGAGUAUCAUAUCGGUUUUCUGUCCAAUGUAGUCUCCAAGUCUGAGUCUUCUCAGGCCAAUGGCAACUCGCAGGCUAUUUAUGAGAAGACCGGCAUGGCAAACGAGAACGAUCUUUCCAUCGAGACCGAUAUUGCGUCCGAUUACAAGACGCAUAAAUUCUUGGAUUUGUCUAAGCCUUUGUUUCCUCAGAUCUGGUUUGGCGGUUUCUCGAAGGAAUUCUACCUUGAUCAAGUCCAUCGACCACGGCACUAUAAGGGAGGGGAGUCUGCGCCCUUGUUUGGAAACUUUCUGGAACCCCUUUCGAAGACUCCCUGGUAUGUUAUACCUAUUUUGUGGGUGCCUUGCGUCGCAUAUGGUACUAUGAUCGGUGCCGCUGGCUUGAACAAUUCUACUGCUUCCGUCGGAUACUUUGUGCUUGGCCUUUUUGUGUGGACUUUGCUGGAAUAUGGAAUGCACCGCUUUUUGUUCCACAUUGACAAGUGGCUUCCUGACAACCGGGUUGGGAUUACUGCUCACUUCCUGCUACACGGCAUUCACCACUAUUUGCCUAUGGACAAGUAUCGCUUAGUCAUGCCCCCAACACUGUUUGUGGCACUUGCUCUCCCAUUCUGGAAAGUUGCGCAUACGAUCCUUUACUUUAACUGGUAUGCCGGACUUCUCGGAUACUGCGGGGGCGUCGCUGGUUAUAUCAUGUAUGACAUGACACACUACUUCCUCCACCAUCGCAAUCUUCCUGCUUAUUACAAGCAGUUGAAGCAGUACCAUCUUCAACACCACUUCGCCGAUUUUGAGAAUGGAUAUGGCGUUACUAGCCGGUUUUGGGAUCGUGUAUUCGGCACCGAGCUAGAGUUGCCUCCUCCAAAGGUCAUCAAAACCCAGUAG